GUUCAAUAAUGCAUCACAAUAUCAAGAUUUAUUUACUAUUGUAUUUUUAUGCACUCGGUAGAUUUUAUAUAAGUUUGGUCAAUUUUCGUCCGAAAAUAUUUUCCGUACGUAUUUUUCAUUCUUGUAUUAUCAUACACCACAUUAAAAAACUUGAUUUGUAAAUUUCUGGCAGGCCAUGAGGUUGGUUACGAAGAGUAAACGUAAAUGUUCAAGUAACUUUGAUUACGACGAUAAAAUAAAAAUUCGUAGUAUCUUAUAUAACAUGAGACAAGUUACUUAACGCGUAACAAUUUUAUAUAUACGCAAAAUUUAUUUAAUCGAUGAUUCGGUAAUGUUUCAAUCGAAUGCUGUAAAAUAUUAGGUACUUGCUUGUUUGUUGCACAAAAAGAUGUAACUGUACCAGUACAAUAAAUAUAAUAAAUUUAUACUGUUCGAUCGAAACAAUUCUAUAUUGUGAGCACGUUGCAUCGGUUAACAGUAAACACGCGUGUGUAACGUAAAAACCAAUUUUGUUAAUAUUUUACGACCAACGUCAUAACCUACCUGAACUUUUUCAGUCUAUAUACGAUAGGUAUGAAUCACGUAGUUUAUCAAUUAGAAGUUUUAGGCUUUAAACUCCCGGAAGUGACGCAAACUGUCGUUGAGCUAGUAGUAUGUGCACGCAGCAAAUGUUAUCUCUGUAGUAGCGUCCCGUUAUCUUGGUCCUACAGAAGGACCCAGUGCUGCCUUUCAAGUAUUAUUUAUUCGCAUACAACUUCAGACUUACUGUUACAAUCACCGAUAUUUUACGUUUCACGAUAUAAUCUUUUUUUUUCUCUUGAAGUUUCCAGAAGUACGUUGACGGUGACAAGUGUAAAUCGGUUGGCACUGUCUUUCCUUCUCGGAAGAUUUAAUGUAAGAGAUCACAAUAAGUAAUGUUUCGGAUCCCAAAAACAAUGCCUGUGAAUACUGUUGUCACAAAAAGACCAAAACAAACACAAACAUGUUUGUAUUCAUCAUAUGAAUGUACACAGCCUUGUCUAGAAGGAUAUAAUUAUUGCUCCAAACAUAUUCUUGAAGAUCCAAAUGCACCUUAUAAACAAUGUGGCUUUGUAUAUAAUACUAAUGGCAGGAAAUGCCAAAAUCCUGCACCAAAAUUUGAUAGGAGGGAUAUUUCGUAUUGUUCUGAACAUACCAGAAAAGCUCAAAUAGCACGUAUAAAGUCAACAGCACGUCAUUCUUUACCACAGACACCUGAAAUGCUCUUGCUUAACUUAAGUCACUAUGUUAAAAGAACAGAUUCAAGUACUGAGGAUACUGAAGAUGAAGAAGGGAAAGUUAAAGCAUUAGAUCCUUUUACUGAAGUUGAUGCAUACAGAGUGAAUGCAAGCGGAUGUGAUAUCUUAGAUUAUGCAAGUUCUUCUGAUAGUGAUGUUGAACCUACAGUAGUAAGUGAUACAUUAAGAGGAAGUUAUCUUGAUGACAGUGACAAUGAAAGUUUAUACAGUGCACAGGAAGAUCCUCUAAAUAUUAAUUUUUUAAGGCAUGCUGGAGUCUUUACCGCUGAAGAAGUGAUCUACAUUGCACGGGAAAAACUAAUUAGGUUACAAUCCCUUUAUAUAGAUCAAUUUAGAAGACUGCAAUAUAUCUUGAAAGAAAAAAGACGAAAAUAUUUACAUGCUCUUAAGAAGGAAAAAGAAACGUUAUGUAGUAUACAUGAUCAACCCAAAGAAACAGUAAAAGAGAAAAAGGUUUAUGAAAAAUUAAAAGCUUUAAACCGCUAUCAUAGACGAAGUGGCGUUGAAGCAAUAUUGUAUAGAAAAUCGUUAGAACGUCGAGCACAAGCAACCGAUGGAUCCGCACAAAAGGUACCGAGUAUAUCAAAAUGUAUCUUUACAGAAGGUGGAGUAAAAUGCGGAGAAAGAACUCUACCCGCUGCGAAACAUUGUCGUAAACACAUAUUAAAAGAUCAACAUCAAGUAUUGUUUAAAGCGUGUGGAGCGGUAAGGGCUGACAUUGAAUGUCACGAACCAGUACCUGUAAUUUUUGACACAAAUUGCGUGUUUCAUAUGAAUUUACCAUCUGAGUGUAAAUUAGAAUCUAUGAAGUUUAAAGAAUCAAAACCUGAAAUGCAGAAAAUAUCUGCACCGGAUAAUCAAUCUAUGGAGAUUGAUGUAGUGGGUGAGAUUCAGGAUAUCGAUCCAGAUGACGACAUGGCGGGGUUAAUGAGAGAGAUGAGCGACGCCGCACACAUGAAACCAGUAUUUAAUGAAAGUUUGAACAGUGAAGCUAGUACAGAUACAGCAUUUAGUUUAUCAGCACAAAUGAGUGAUAGAGAUGACCUUGUAUCUAUGUGACAAAAUAUCUGUCUGUGAUUUUUAAUAACAAAAUGCUAAUUUUAAUGUUGUAUAAUUACGCUAACUUUAUUUAUAUGAUUGUACACUAUA